UCAGAUCAGCAGGCGGAAGACUGGCCGCUGAGGAUUGGAUGGCGAGAUCUCGAUUUUCCUAAAACUGCGUCAUUUCGAACCCAAUUGGGUCCGGAUGUUAUGGGCACCGACGGCCUACCGUCUCGGAAACUCUCAGACGCAAGCGAAAGGCGAGGGGGCGGCUAAUUAAAUAUUGAGCAGAAAGUCGCGCGGGGAGCGUGUCACGUGGGUCUCGGGGCUCGUCGAGCAUCUGAUAAAUAUCGCGCGCCACCGAGCAGGCAAAAGAGCGCGCUGCGACCUGCUCUUCCAUCACCGCGGCGACCAGCGCUGAGCGCCCGCACAGCAAUCAGACCCGCCCGAGGAACCCCGCGGAAAUCCAACAUGAAAAUCCUCGUGGCCUUAGCCGUCUUUUUUCUCGUCUCCACCCAACUGUUGGCAGAAGAGAUCGGAACUAAUGAUGAUCUCAAUUAUUGGUCUGACUGGUCUGAUGGCGACCAGAUCAAGGAGGAGCUGCCUGAGCCUUUCGAGCACGUUCUGCAGCGAAUGGCCCGGAGACCCAAGUCUCAGCAGUUCUUUGGAUUGAUGGGCAAACGGGAUGCUGAUUCCUCCAUUGAGAAACAAAUGGCCCUGUUAAAGGCUCUCUAUGGACAUGGCCAGAUUUCUCAUAAAAGACAUAAAACAGAUUCCUUUGUUGGACUAAUGGGCAAAAGAGCUUUAAAUUCUGUGGCUUACGAAAGGAGUGCAAUGCAGAAUUAUGAAAGAAGACGUAAAUAAACUACUUAAUGUAUUAUUUACUGAGCUUUCUUUGUGUCAAUGGCCAAUGAAAGAUAAAACAAGACUACUAUUAUGAGGAAAUAAUUAUUUAUUUAAUGAUAAUUGUUGUUCUGAGUCAAUAACUCAGUGUUUAUUUUUCAUAUUGUGCCAAGAUGUGUUGUAAAACUGUGUUAUAAUUCUAAGAUGACAACUUCCUCAGAAGUACAAAUCAGUGGUAAUUUGUCAACAAAGCAGUAUUCUACCUAUGAAAUUGUAAAAACCUGUCAUUGCUAUGCCCUCUAAAGGAAGAAAUCAUUUCUGAUUCGUGAAAGCGGUCACAUCAGCAGUUCAAAGGGAAAGAACUCACAGGUUGGCCUGUGCUUCUCCAUUUGUUUUCAUGGUGAAACUGUACUGAGAUUUGGUACUAAACUAUAUUUGUAUUAUCUUCGCAGCAUGUAUUGCGUUUUGUGACUAUAAGGAGAUAUUUUAAAAGUUUUAACGUGAUUCUAAAGUCUUCAUUUCAUUGUCUAAUGUGUUAUGAUAGUUCACAUUUUAAAUAAAAGAUAAAUAUAUUGAAAA